AGGCUUCCGAUGCAAUAUCCACUGGUCGACUUCUGGAGGCUAUCGUGGAAAUAUUGGGUGACAGUUUACAGUGGUCCAGACUCAAUGAACAGCUUAUCCUAAUGACUAAAAAACAUGGCCAAAUGAAACAAGCCGUUUCCAAAAUGGUUCAGAAGGCUAUGGAAUAUCUAGAGACAACACCAGACGAGAAAACCAAACUUGAGUUGAUAGAAGCUCUCCUAAGUGUUACAGAAAGGUUAGAUAGUUUUCGUGUCGAAUUUUUCGCGGAUAUAUGUCGAAACCGAGAGAGCACGCUUGACUAAAGAGUUAGCACGGAUCAGAGUCCCGUGGUGAUAUUGAUGGGGCUACCACAGUGCUACAGGACCUUCAAGUAAGUUGUUUUAUUAUGUGAUAUGUCAGGUUGAAAUAUUUGGUUCGAUGGAAAAAAGAGAAAAAGUUGAAUUCAUGCUGGAACAAAUGAGACUUUGUUUAGCCAAAAAGGACUUCAUUCGCACUCAAAUCACCAGCAGGAAAAUAUCAACCAAGUUUUUUGCUGAUGUCGAAAACGAAAAUUUGAAGUUGAAGUAUUACCAUUUAAUGGUCAACUUAAAUGCCCAUGACUGUGUUUACUUAAACAUAAGCAAAAACUAUUGGGAAAUUUAUAACUCCAAAAGCAGACAAGAGGAUGAUGCAAAGCGACUACAAGUAUUUGGAAGUUAUAAAUAAUAAUGCCUUAGAUACUUAGACAUGUGAUUGUAUAUUUAUUACUGUCUCCUUAUGACAACGAGCAGCAUGAUUUGAUGUGCCGUAGAAAAUUGGUGAAAGAUAUGGAAAAAAUUCAAAACUACCUUGAUAUGCUCACAGCAUUUACUACUCAAGAAUUGUUAAAUUGGAGUGAAUUUUGUAUUCGGUAUGAAUCUGUCUUACGCACAGAAACUGACAUAUUUAACAAUAAAGUUGAUCCAUUGGAGUCUGAUAAACGUUGGCCACAGUUAUUAGACUUGGACAUUGAUAAAGCAGAAGAGUAUUUAUCGAAUUUAGUUGUGAGUAAGACAGUUUACGCGAAAAUUGAUCGACUUGAAGGUGUUGUACAUUUCACAUCGAAAAAGAUGCCCAAAGAAGUUUUAAACGAUUGGUCUUACAAUACUCGGAACCUAAUGGCAUUAAUUAAUCAAACUUCACAUCUCAUCAAUAAAGAACGUAUGAUUCAUGGUGUAUAA